AUAUUGCUUUCUAUUGUCAAAAAUAUUUGCAAGCUCGGUUCAGUAGAUCCUAAGAUUACCUCUACAACGUCACAGACUCACAAAGUUUACCUCUUCAUAAUAUUAAUUUACAUCACCAGUCUAGCGUAUUUAAGGUCAAUGUACAGAGCUAUUGCUAUCUCUGUCGCACUCUCGAGUCCGACCGAUCUCGUCAUUAGUCGGAAACGAUCGGCAUUCCGCGUCGCUCAUUCGUCGUGAGCGGGCGGGUUAAAAUAUAUAUAAAUUUACGUAAAAUAGUAUGAAAAAAUAGUCUUAAAUUAAGGAGAUUUAAAAAGCAACUUUAAUUUUAGUGUCUAAAUAAGUAAAUAAGUGUCGAGUGACCUUUCUUUCAAGGCCAAAAACGAGGUUACAAAUUUGACAUUGAAAAAUUGAUAAUUAAUUAUCGAUUCGUGAAGUGAUAUACAGAAAAACAAAAUUGUGACAAAUAUAUCUAAAAAAGAGUUUCAAAAAAGACAGUGAACAUGCAGUGUUUCCUAUGUGAGAAAUCUCGAAACGUGAUCAAAUUCACAGAUGACAGAUUGGAGAAGUGUUACAGAAUGCUCGCUUAUCGUAAAAAGAAGCACUUCAAGUACCAGGACAUCAUAUUGCCGAAGAGUUUGCAGUACAAAGGGUAUCACAUGCUGUGCUAUAACAGAUUCCUGGUGUUGAAACGGGAAAACCGGAAGGAAUACGAGUCAAUGAUAUUUGGUGGACCGUUCUUUGAGAAUUAUCAGGAACCCGACACGAGUUCAUCCCAAGACGAUCAAAAACACAUCACCAUGGCAACCACAAAUACAAACAAAGAAACGGCAUUUAUAAAUAGAGAAGACAACAAUAUUCCCAUUACAGAUACAUUUGAUAACAUACAGGAUUAUAUCAACACCGACAUAUCCAGUUCCGGUAUUCUCAAAUCUAUAUUGACUAGAAAAAUACCGAUUAAGAAAGAUAUAUCAAUUGAUAGAGGCCAUCUUUGGAACCACUUGAAUCAAACGAAUUUGAAUCCGCCGAGACAAUAUUAGUAUCUACUAAGAAUUAUAGAAAAUGCACUAUUUAAACAUUUUAUCAAUUAUAAACAACGCCAUCUAGUCUCAAACUAAGCAAAGCUUGUAUUAUGAGUACUGGACAACUCAUAAACUUAUUUAUAUAUUUCUAAAUAACUAUAAUAGAUCAAUUACACCAAGCCAGAACGAAUGACGUGCUCAUCAAGCAUAAAAUUGUCCUGAACGGGAAUCGAACUCAUGUCCUCCAGUAUAGCAGUUACGGCUGUUAACCACUUGACCAACAAGCCAGUCAUACCCCGUAAGUAGUCCACAUUGUUUAAAAUCAAGUUCUUGAUUAGAUCUAAAGUAAAAUAUGGCUUUUGGCUGGAAUUUCCCUUUAAAAGGAAUCAUCAGUGUUCGGGUCACUCAUUGGUUAAUUUUAUGACCUGUCAAAAAGUUAUUCUUGAAGUGGACGAAGUAUAAUUUGUGAAUUGGAUCGCAAUAGCUAAUCAUCUUGCAUCCAGAAUCAAAUCCAAGGCAAAAUCAAAAAAGCAAACCUAUCUCAUCAUUGGCCUAGCCUUAUCCCAACUAUGUUGGGGUCGGCUACCAGUCCAACCGGUUUCAGCUAAGUACCAGUGUUUUACAAGGAGCGACUGCCUAUCUGACCUCCUCAACCCAGUUACCUGGGCAACACGAUACCCCUAUCCCUAAGCAAACCUAUCUCAGAAGUAUAGAUACCUCACAUCACAUUAUAUAUUAAAGUUCUCAACAAGGCCUCUGCAUGUUGGACCUGUGUCCCCGUGUACGCCUUUAAUAAGGACCGGGUCUCUUCACAUGAAGUUAACCCGUGAAUGAAAAGAAACUACACAUUUUAACAUUAGAACUACUGUUUUAAAACUGACCAAUAUUAUCUAAGUCAAUUUAUAAUAAAUAAAUUAUGAAUAAGUAUGUUUAUAAAUAAUUUUAUUUAUUAAGA